AACACUUUGCGCUAUUUUGAGUUGAUUGUUUAUUUUUGUUAAAAUAGUGAAUUAUAAUGGUGCGAAAUCGCAAAAAACCGUUUGCUAUGCAUCCGCGCAAUGUGCUGCGCACUGCGCCCGAUUACACCAAGCUGGCCAUAAAGCACAGCAACUUUCGCCGAGUCUGCGAAUUGGAGCUCAAUGGCAAGGUAAGAAUUAAUUUUCGCAAUGAGCAGACGCUGCGUGAGUUAACCAAAAUGCUGCUGCUGGAAUAUUUUGAGCUGGAAGUGGAUUUUGCACCAGGUAGUUUGGUGCCCACUUUGGUGCUGCGCUUGAAUUAUAUAUUGUGGCUGGAGGAUUUGCUAGCAGCGCUAAAACUAACCACAGUGCAUGGCAUAGAUAUAGGUUGCGGUUCUAGCUGCAUUUACUCACUGCUGGCGGCAAAGAAGAAUCAAUGGCAAAUGCUGGCGCUGGAGUCUAAGCUGAGCAACAUAGAAUAUGCGCGUCAGAAUAUACAACGUAAUGGACUGCAAGAGCUGGUUGAAGUCUAUGGACAGCCUGAUAAACAGAAUAUAUUCAAGAGCUACUUUGAGGCUAGCAGCAUAGAUGCAAGAACUUACGAGUUCUGUCUGUGCAAUCCGCCGUUCUUUGACUCCAACGCAGCGCAUCCCUUUGACGCCAACACACGCAAUCCUGCACGACGCCCAGCACCAAAUAAUGUGCGCACUGGCAGCGCUGAGGAGCUUACUUGCAGUGGGGGCGAAGUGCAGUUUGUGCAAAGAAUUAUUGAUGAAAGUUUGCUCUACAAGCAGCGCGUGCUCAUCUACACGAGCAUGUUGGGUGUCAAGGCCAAUGUGCCCAAGAUAUUGGAUUAUCUUAAGCAGCGCGAGAUAAACAAUGUGACAACAACAGAAUUUCAUCAAGGACACACCACACGCUGGGCCAUAGCGUGGAGUUUUAAGGACAUCAAUUUAAAUAUAGCAACUAAGCACUAAAUUUAAACUCGUUACUAAAACCAGUUUGGCUUUAAGCAAACAUUAUAACAACUAUGAGAGGCAGUUACAACUGUUGCCGCCCCUCACAUACAUAUAUGUAUAUAGUCUCUGAACAUAUCGCAUAUCGUGCCGUCAAAAAGCUUUUCCACUAAAUGAAAAUUUGCAUGUCAAUGCUCAAUUUCGUGGCCACAACACUGUACGAAAUCGAGCAAACCUAAAGGAAAUUAUCGUUUCGUUUUUAUCAUUGGCCACUGCCCACAACAAGUCAACAGAUAAACAUGAGCACGUUCUAUCUCUAUCGCUCCUGAAGCGUGCGACCAAAGGCGUUGGCAUUUUAAAACUUCUAAACAGACACACACACACACAUAAAGUAAAUGCGUCAUUCGUAGUUAGUAUGUGUGGCUAGCGUAGUUUAAAUUGCAGCUCAUACAUAUUUUUUAUAUAAUUUAGCAAGUUAAGCAAUUACAUCGUUAUAUAGCGCACAUUAAAUGUGCUGCAUGAGCUCAGCUUAGCUGACUUGGGUUAGUAUAAUAAAUUUAAAAUGUAAGCUACUAAAAUAUGUAAAAUAAUUUAGUAAACUGCAACAGAA